UCAAAACAACACGGAGAAGAGCACUUUUGGUGGCAAGUUAGAAAUUCGUUGUGAGUUCAGAAAUAAUCGUUGGUAAGGAAGUUACUGUCGUUACUUUACAGUUAAGUUAAUUUAAACGUGAGCUAGCUGCAGCCGAGUGUCUGCUCCUCAGAUUCAACUCCUGGCAGACUAAAUGUCUGUUAGACGGGCUCUGGUGGAUUGUGCUGUGCUGUCUCUGCAAGAUACCUGUGUGUUUUAUCCGUGUUGUAAAGGCUGCUUCUCAAGGAUUGAUGUUCAGCAGCAGCAGGACACGACGAGAUGCAGAUGCUCCAGGUGUGGUUACAGCUGUCUGAGGGAACAGGUUGAUUACAGAUACCGUCUGUCACUGAGGGUAACCCGGGACAAGAGUAUAUUUGGAGUAACAGUAUUUGGCAAUAGCUUGAACCCAUUCUUUGGCAUUCAUGCAAGUGGUUUACAGAGGUUGGUGGAGAAUUUGGAAGGACCAACUGAACCAUCAACCAGAUCCACUUUGUUAGUGAAGGCUGUCACGGACUGUUUCAUUGGCAGACAUUUUAUCUUUGGAAUAAAGGUAGCAGAAACAGAAAGUGGGCCUUGGUUAGGAGGGCGUGCUCCGAAUGGCUCCAACAGUACAGACAUGGUCCAGUUCAUUGCCAGUCAGAUGAUUCUCCCAAAAGCUACCGGCCUGGGAGGCUGCUCAGUGGUUAGUUAUUAUCGGAUCCUUCUUCAGAAAGCAGAAUAUGAGCAAGAAUCCACUGAUCACAGCAAAACCUACAGACCCCCAGCAACAGUCCCGCUGAUGGCUCCUCAUCAUUCUUCAGCCAGCAGCUUCAAUAAUACCACACUUUCUGCCUCAGGUCUUCUUUCCCAGUCACUGCAAAGAUCUCAGCAUCAAGACUGCACCCUUACUCCCACCCCACCAUGGGAUCAAUCACUAGGACUAGUUACUUCAUCGGCAGAGCAGGAGGAAGGCUGCAGUACCCAGGACAGCGGAGAUGAGAACAGCAAACAGACAGACAACAAAACACCACGUCAUGCACAGAGAGGCUGUCUGGAGAAUCAUAGUGUCAAAGAGGAGAAAGUGCCGUCAUCCCUUCUUUCCUUAAACAGCAGUUCUUACAACAGUCCAUCAUUUGCCAAAUACCCAUACUCAUCCAUUGAAAAAGCUGUCGGAAACACCCCCAUCCUGAACACUUGGUUCAGUCCCUCCCCAGUUAGCCAUAAAAAGGAUCUAUCAAUCAGCUCCAAGGCAAAGGGAUGCUCUACUAGAACACUCACCAAAACAUUUUUGUCAAGCUCCAUGGCUUGGGAGGAUUUACCUUUUUCUGAGAGUCUCUCAGAGUUUUUGUGUGAGAAAGAUUUUGACAGAGUUAGUGAAACAGAUUUGCAUCUAAAUGUGAAAUAUCAAAGAGAAACAGCAAGAAACAACAUUAGAAUCAGAUCGCAAGACAAGAACUUAUCGAGUGAAUCCAUUUCUGUUUGUCAGAGUAACACACAUAUGACAGACAUUCACUCACAAAAAGUACUGGACAUCACUAAUACAACUGCACAGAACAUUGGAGGUGACAGACAUGAUUUAUCUGACGAGACAUAUCAGGACCGAGCCAGCAACAUUUGUUCUGAUGAGUGUAAGCAGGAGGACGAGAAAGCAGUUUCUCUUCUUUCUGAAAACAAUGAAGAAGAGCAGCUUGAAGGGGAUGUCUACAAUUGUUCAGCAGACCUAUUCAGUAGCUCACCAAUAGAUAUGAACAAAAAGAUGCUUAACAUGCAUGCAGAAACUGUCAGGACGACCUCAGAAGCUUGCCCACUUGUUAACAGGUCCCUUAGAAGUGAAAGGUGGGCUAAAGGCCCACCUUUAACACCAGACAGACGGGAACCAAAGAGCAAUAAAUGCAUCAGCAGAGAUAGUUGUGACAGUUUAAUUCCACAAGACAGUCAAGAUCAGUCUCUUGACUUCAUUCCUUCCUCUCAGUCCACCCCCGUUGUAAAAGUAGCUGAUGCUUCAGGAUCACCUGCCUCCUCAUACAGCACCUUGACAUUGAGUGAAUUCAGUUCACGAUCCAACUGGCAAGAUUCUUGUGCGUUUUACAGAAAUCUGCCUGAACUGGUCAGUAAAAAGCCAGCCAAAACCACAUCUUUUCCUCGUAAAUUAAACAGCGUCAGUGCUGACCAGCUGCCCCAGUGUGGCAGAGAGUCUACAAAAGAAAACUUGGUGUGGGGUACGACACCCAUCAGACGCAGCCACAGAUUCACCCAAAAAAGGAGGUUCUGGAAACCUGACAAGCAUAAACACCAUCUGCUGGCCUCACAGCACCUGACAAUCCAGAGAGGGGUUCUAACCUUGGCGUCAAGAGGAAAGACAAACCACAAAUGUGACUCAAGUGUUUGUGAUGUGACUCAGUGUGAUUAUGAGGACAAUGAAGUAAUUGUUCCUCCUACUCCUGCUGCUAAAACACAACCGUGCGUGAAACCCAGAGGAAGGCAGACUGAUAAUAGCAGCAGUUGCACGUGGGAGGAGCAGCAGGCAGAUGGAGUUAAUUGUAAAAGAAUUGUGUUGGAUCAAACUCUCAUGUCAUCAUCAAGAGGUCUGACACAAACAGGAUAUCGUGUCUUUAGUCAGCCAUGUGACAGUGAGGCAGCAGGGUGUGAUAAAAUCACAACAGUUGAGGAGAAUUUGGAUGGAUCUAAUGGUUACCUGCUUGAUGAUGAGAGCAAGGUAUGUGAUUGGUCUAGAGAUCUGUUCUCUGACUCUCUCACAUCAUGAUUAUGAUGUGAGAGUACUGCUACUGCUGCUACUACCACUACUACCAACCCUGUGUGGAAGGAUCUAGGAAUAGAGCACAUAUAUGAAACACUAAAGAUAGGAAAAGUCUCACUUUUCCUGUUUUCAGCCACACAGUCUCCCUUAAUAAACAUUUACAGUAUCCUCAGUGUUGGACCUCACUAAUGCUCUUGUAGGUAAAUGGGAACAAAUCCCUGCAGCCAGGUUCUAAAAUAUUGUUUAAAGCCUUCUCAAAAAUGAGAAGGCUGUCACAGUGGUGGAUAAGAUGUUCCACAAUCAUUUAUGGGUUUAAUUUCUGGGUGUCCACAUACUUUUAGAGAUAUAUUUUGAAAAUAAGAAACUCCUGCACACUGUCCACUUUUAAAUAUUUAAAGCUUUUAUUGGGAAUGUGUCAGAGUAAAAGCUUAAUCAGAUGAACUUUCAAA